UUUUAGUUUUUUGCCUUUUCUUGUAGGCAUGGAAGCACUACCUAAUUUAUGUCUCUCUCAAAGCUUUUUUCUCUCUUAAAAAAAGGCACGCAACACAUUUAUUUUAGCAUUUCGUGCUUCUGCUUGUGAUGCUUUAUUCGUGGUUGUUCAACUGCUCUGCUGUCGACAUUCAGCAUUAGUGCUCUGUUCUCAGCCAAAUGAAGAAAACAGAUAUCUUUCUCCUGGCCUGCAGUUUUUCAAAUUAAAUCUCCUCCAUUUUUGUUAGUUUUGAACAAAUGGGUCAUCGUCGAAACGAAUAUUACAACCUGUGAAAGCUUCCCUCUCAGUCCCAUCAUGGAUCUGGAAUCUGGGGUUUUUCAAAACCAUUUGAAGAAAGAAUCAUGGAAGACAGUGUUAACUUUGGCAUAUCAAAGUCUAGGAGUUGUGUAUGGAGAUUUAAGUACUUCGCCGCUGUAUGUGUACAAGAGCACGUUUGCUGAAGAUAUUCAACAUUCUGAGACAAAUGAAGAGAUUUAUGGCGUGCUCUCUUUUGUUUUCUGGACCCUCACCUUGGUCCCUUUGUUAAAAUACGUGUUUAUAGUGUUAAAAGCUGAUGAUAAUGGUGAAGGAGGUACUUUUGCUCUCUACUCCUUGCUGUGUCGACAUGCCCGAAUCAACUCACUCCCCAAUUGCCAGGUGGCUGAUGAAGAGCUCUAUGAGUACAAGAAGGAUGCUGCUAAUACUUGUUUGACCCCAACAACUGCUUUUGGAUUAAGAUUGAAAUCUACUCUCGAGAAGCACAGGGUGUUGCAGAGGUUCUUGCUUUUGUUGGCUUUGAUUGGGACUUGUAUGGUCAUUGGUGAUGGUGUCCUUACACCUGCGCUUUCUGUUUUCUCUGCGGUUUCUGGCCUUGAGCUUUCCAUGGCAAAAGAGCAUCACAAAUAUGUGGAAGUUCCAGUUGCGUGCACCAUACUCAUUUGCUUGUUUGCCCUUCAGCAUUAUGGCACCCACAGAGUUGGGUUCUUGUUUGCACCAGUUGUUCUCAUGUGGCUUUUGUGCAUCAGUGCCAUUGGGAUAUAUAACAUCAUACACUGGAAUCCUCAUGUUUAUCAAGCUCUAUCACCCUACUACAUGUACAAGUUUUUGAGGAAGACUCAACGAGGAGGUUGGAUGUCCUUGGGUGGGAUUUUGUUAUGUAUAACAGGCUCAGAAGCUAUGUUUGCUGAUCUAGGACACUUUUCUCAAUUAUCAAUCCAGAUCGCUUUCACCUCCUUGGUUUAUCCAUCGUUGAUUCUUGCAUAUAUGGGACAAGCUGCGUACCUAUCUCAGCAUCAUGUUAUUGAUAAUGAUUACCAUAUUGGAUUUUAUGUGUCUGUUCCAGGUAAAUUACGAUGGCCAGUUUUAGUUAUAGCCAUCCUUGCUGCAGUAGUAGGAAGCCAAGCCAUAAUCACUGGAACAUUCUCUAUAAUCAAACAGUGCUCUGCUCUGGGUUGCUUCCCAAGAGUCAAAAUAGUUCACACAUCAUCCAAAAUCCAUGGUCAAAUCUAUAUCCCAGAGAUAAACUGGACUUUGAUGCUGUUGUGCUUGGCUGUUACUAUUGGUUUCAGGGACACAAAACGUCUGGGUAAUGCCUCAGGUUUGGCAGUUAUAACCGUCAUGCUAGUUACUACAUGCCUGAUGUCUCUGGUUAUCGUCUUAUGUUGGCACAAGACUGUCUUCCUUGCAAUAUGCUUUGUAUGCUUUUUUGGCACAAUUGAAGCUCUUUACUUCUCAGCUUCCCUCAUAAAGUUCUUGGAAGGGGCCUGGGUCCCUAUUGCCCUCUCAUUCAUAUUCCUGAUCGUUAUGUGUGUGUGGCACUAUGGUACACUCAAAGCAUACGAAUUUGAUGUCCAAAACAAGGUCUCCAUUAACUGGCUACUUAGCUUAGGUCCCAGCCUCGGUAUUGUGCGUGUUCGAGGAAUUGGCCUCAUACACACGGAGCUGGUGUCUGGAAUCCCAGCAAUCUUCUCCCACUUCGUUACCAACCUUCCAGCAUUCCACCAAGUCCUGGUCUUCCUCUGCAUCAAAUCUGUCCCUGUUCCACAUGUUAGAGCCAAGGAACGGUUUCUAAUAGGGCACAUUGGCCCAAGAGAAUACAGAUUAUAUAGGUGCAUUGUGCGGUAUGGAUAUCGUGAUGUUCACAAGGAUGACAUGGAGUUUGAGAAGGAUCUUGUGUGUAGUAUAGCAGAGUAUAUACGCACAGGGAACGCUGAGCCGAAUGGUGCAAGGGAUGAGAUGGAGAGUGAAGAUGACAAAAUGACAGUAGUUGGAACAUGUUGUACUCAUACAGAUGGAAUCCAAUUGAGGGAGGAUGAUGUUGACAAAAUAGAGUCAGCUGGCCCCUCAGAGUUGAGGGAGAUUAGGUCCCCACCUGUGAUGCAACCUCGGAAAAGAGUUAGAUUUAUAGUACCAGAUAGCCCGAAGAUUAACAGAGGUGCUAGGGAGGAGCUGCACGAACUUAUGGAAGCUAGGGAAGCUGGGAUUGCUUACAUACUAGGGCAUUGUUAUGUUAGAGCCAAGCAAGGGUCUAGCAUGCUGAAGAAGCUUGUAAUAAAUUAUGGGUACGAGUUUUUGAGGAGAAACAGCAGGGCACCGGCCUAUACACUAAGUGUACCACAUGCAUCUACUCUGGAGGUGGGGAUGGUAUACCGUGUCUAAUUUUUUUUCGUUUUACAUACAGGAUAAUAAACCUGUCAUGUACAUCUUGUAAUGUUGUGUAGUAGAUCAUAAAAAAGCCAAUGCAGUGAACAAUGUGGUUGAUGAUGGAGCUCUUGCUCUUGCGCAGUUAAGAUGUUUCCUGAUCACUUACAGUUAGCCUCUUUACAAGUGUUGAAGGGUCUUUCGAAGGAGCAAUUUUUGCACU